AUGGACAACAUGGAGGACGUCGUAAAUAUUUCUCCUGCCAGAAAAAAUCCAAGAGGAAAAUUCGUUGGCACUGCUCAAAAAAAAAUAAUUAUCAAUGUGUACAAAGACAAAAUCAAACAACAGCUCGACAAUCCAACGCUGCCCAAAUUGGGGUUCAGGGACCUUAUCGUUGACAUUUCAAGAACCACUGGUAUUGGGCAACGUACAAUUCAAACUACAUUGGGUGAGUACAAGAAGGAGGGUACAGUGUCGUCGCCAAACAAAAAAAAAGUAAGACCUACGAUACUCCAAAAAGUUGACGAAUUCGACAAAAAUGCCAUAAGGCAAAAAAUUCACAAUUUCUGGAGGAACCGUGAGGUGCCGACAAUUCCGAAAAUGUUAAUUGCCAUCAACGAGGACGACUCAUUACCGAAUCUUAAACGUACGUCUUUCCAAUUAAUAUUGAAAGAUUUACAAUUUGAGUACGUCAAGAAAAAUCGCAACAGUGCUCUUCUCGAAAGAGAAGAUUUGAUAACUUGGCGCCGAAAUUACUUGUUCAAAAUAAGGCAUUACCGAGCACAAAACAGGCCCAUAUAUUAUUUAGACGAGACGUGGGUCAAUGCAGGCGAGACGCACAGCAGAACGUGGAUGGAUACAACAGUCACCUCAACACGAGAUGCACACCUGCAAGGUCUCACCACAGGACAAAAGGCACCCUCGGGCAAGGGUAAGCGUCUCAUAGUGUUACACAUCGGGUCGUCAGACGGUUUUGUUCCGGGGGGCCUAUUGUGUUUCGAAUCCAAGACCAAUUCUGCGGAUUACCAUGACGAAAUGAAUGGCGAUAAGUUUUACGAAUGGUUUGUCAAGACCCUGCCAUUACUAAAACCGAACGCCAUCAUCGUCAUGGAUAAUGCUUCUUACCAUUCGGUAAAAAAACAGAAAAUACCAGUGAUGUCUUGGAACAAACAGGCUAUAAUAGAUUGGCUCGAGAUUAAAAAAAUAAAAAAAAAGCACGACACAUACGUAAUUGAUGAGCUCGCAAAAGAUAACGGCAAACUCGUAUUGCGACUACCUCCAUAUCACUGCGAGCUCAACCCAAUCGAGCUCGCGUGGUCGUCCGUUAAAAGUUAUGUCCGGACCCAUAACAAAACUUUCAAAUUAAAGGACGUAAUGGAAUUGUUGCAAAAAGGCGUGGAACACGUAAGUCCGGAUAUGUGGAAAAAUUUUAUUGAACACGUAAAAAAGGUGGAAGACAAGUUUUGGGACUUGGAACAUAUUACUGACGAAAUUAUGGACGAGUUAUCCGAAGAAGAUGAACGUCAUGUUCUCACGAUAGGAACAGGAGAUACAAGCUCUUCAGAUUAUGACUCCGAUUGA